AUGAUGUCAACGACAACGGCUUCGAACUUCACGACGAAACUGAAGCAGUUCAGUGGAACCGGGUUCCCCAGCGUGGUGUGCUCAGGAGCUGGAACGUCAUCGACGUCGGGGACGCCAUUGCCGUCUGGGACGGUGUCUGCUGCGGUGUCGACUACACCGCUGCUCGACUGCUUAAUGAAGCAGAAAAUGGCCUCAACCAUCAUUCUCGCAGCACUGCGUGAGAAAUUGGCUGCUGAGGUUUAUCUACUCGAUCAUUCGUUGGCUAUGCUGCAGCACUUGCGUAUAACCUACAAUGUCAAGUGCAGCGCCAAUGUUGGUGCGGUCAAGUGGGAGUACAUUGGGCUCUACCUAGAUGGGGACGAGUCGAUUAUCGAGCACAUCCAAAAUACAAGGCGUGUUCUCGAUGAGCUGCAGAAGCAGCAAGUACUGAUUUCUGACGAUGAAAAGCGCCAGAGCUUUAUGUAG